AAACUACUUUCUCUUUCCACUUUCGUACCCAAUCGUCUUUCUCUCUCUAAAACUUAGUUUUUUCCUUCUUCCAAUUUUCCGUUUCUAAUCUCCAAAACCCUCUGUAUUUGUAAAUUCAUAUAUGAUCAGCGUUGUGUUAAGCAAUUGAAAAUUUAAUUCCUUCGUUUAGCAAUGGGUUCUACUUCAAUGGACGCCGGAGGAAGUUCUCCGGUACCGGAACCAACACCGGCGCCGAUGGCUAGCGCAAAUACGCUACCACCUUUUUUGAUGAAGACUUAUGAUAUGGUUGAUGACCCGAGUACUGACAAGAUCGUUUCAUGGAGUCCUACCGACAGUAGCUUUGUGAUUUGGGAUCCACCGGAGUUCGCCAAGGAGUUACUGCCUAAGUAUUUCAAGCACAGUAACUUCUCCAGCUUCGUUCGUCAGCUGAACACUUAUGGCUUUAGAAAGGUUGGUUCGGACAACUGGAAAUUUUCUAAUGAUGGAUUCCUAAGAGGUCAAAAGCAUCUGCUUAAAAAUAUUAGCAGGCGCAAGCCUGCUCAUGGACAGAGUCAGCAGCAGCAGCAGCAGCAACUGCAUGGUCAGAGUGUGUCGAUUGGGGCUUGUGUCGAGGUUGGAAAUUUUGGGCUUGAGAAAGAGGUUGAGUGGCUGAAGAGGGACAAGAAUGUGCUUAUGCAGGAGUUGGUUAAGCUGAGACAACAUCAGCAGACUACCGAUAAUCAGAUGCAAACCAUGGUGCAGAACCUUCAGAUUAUGGAGCAGCGGCAGCAACAGAUGAUGUCUUUCCUGGCAAAAGCUGUUAACAGCCCUGGAUUCUUGGCACAGUUUGUACAGCAGCAAAAUGACAACAAUAAGCGCAAGAUGGAAGGAAACAAGAAACGUAGGAUUAGACCAGAUAUUCCUUCAGAUGAUCAUUCUGUUAGCCCUGCUGAUGGACAACUUGUAAAGUACCAACCUAUAAUGAAUGAGGCAGCGAAAGGAAUGCUCAGGCAGAUACCGAAACUAGAUUCUUCUCCUAGGUUAGAGAACUUCAGCAACAGUCCUGAAAGUUCACCGAUUGGUGAUGCAUUCGAUGGCAGAAGUAACAAUCGGAUUUCAGGAGUCACUCUUCAGGAAGUUUCACCUGCUUUUUCGCAGCCAUUUGCAAGUGCAACUUCAGCUAUUGCAGGACAAAGUUCAUUGUCUGCCAACAUUCAGUUUUCAGAGAGCAGUUCCCUGGUUGGAGCUCAAGAUUUGCCACCUAUUUUACCGUUUUCAUCAGAUAUGAUUAUGCCUGUGCCCUCACAGUUGGAAGAAAUUGUGCCUGAAAACAACAAUAUGGAUAUUAAUGGAACAGAGAGGGGCCAUGAUUCUUUCAUGGAUCCCACAUUGUGGGGAAAUGGAGAAUUGCCAUUGGAAAAUGAUAUUUUCCCCCCCGACCUUCAAAUCAAGUGGGAAAGUGCUUUGAUUGACGAUAUUGGAGAGCCUCCUAGUGUGGGUGAUCCCUCCUGGGAAAAGUUUCUUCAAAGCCUAUACCCUACUGAGACAGAAGAGAUGGGCUCGGUUGAAAUAGAAAAUAUUAAGACUACUGAAACAGAGCCGCUAGAAAAUGGAUGGUACAAUGUUCAGCACAUGGAACAUCUUACUGAGCAAAUGGGGCUACUAACAUCAAACACUAAAAUAGUAUGAUCAGUCACCGAAGAGAUGCUGAGGUAAUCCAGAAAUCUCAUCUCUUAGUCGAUUGGUUCACGGGAAACUUCCCAUAAGAUAGUAGCUCUAAUACCUAUUUUCACCUUUGUCACUGGAUUUCUU